AUGUCUCAGCAGCCGAUAUUGGCUCAUUUCAACGAUGAAGUGACGUUGGUCCGGCCUAGCUGUUCCUUCGGGGACGCUAUCCGCCAGCCUCUUUACAAUCCACACAAAACUUCAGCGCUUUUAAUCACCCAGGGCUUGUUGGCCGUGGCAAUCGCUUUCCAGACCCUUUUGCUUUUGGUCGGAAACCACUACGGUCCAUACAAAAUCAAGUAUUCCUUCGGCAACCCAUUCCUGGUGAAAAGUGUGGGUGUGGCCCACUUCUGGAAACUCCAACUGGCUCUCCUACAGGGCGUGGUGAUUCUUGCUUUCGCCUACUUGAGCUCUGGAGAUUCUGCCAACCUGGUGAUCACUCAGUCUGCUGUCGCGCUGGCUGCUCUUCCACUCCUAUUGGUGUUACCACUUCAUUUCCUUGAAUCCACACGGUCUGUCGUGGGUCACGGCACCUUGUUGGUGUUUUGGCUUGUUUCCACAGCGUGGUGGACUUUGAUCAAUGUCAAUGAUUGGUUUUCAUCACACAAAUUAUUCGUUCCUUCCCAUGGAAAGGACCUCAUCGCCGCGGUUCACACGGGAGAGGUUUUCUUGCUACUUAACUCUGCCUCGAUCUUCGUGCUUGAAAAUGCAUACUACAAGCCUUCCAAGGAAUUGAUCGAGUACUUUGAUUUGAAUGGCUGGGAGCCUUCAACUGUGAGAAACAUGGUGCAAUUGUUGACCUUCACUUGGGUCAACCCUAUGCUCAGAAAGGUCUACCACACCAAUACCAUCGAAGUGGAAGAGGUGCCUAGUGCGGAGGUUGAAUUGCAGAGUGAGGUCACUACCGAGACUUUCCGUCGUCUCUGGCCCAAGAGAGACAGGAGGGUCAGAAAUACCAAGGAACCAACCGAAGACCAGAAGAGAUUGAAGCCGCUUUUGAUUCUUGUGAUUUUGAAAAUGUUUUGGUUCACUGCCGUUCAAGGGUUGACUUUCCAAGUUUUGGAAGUCAUUUCGAAUACUUCUGUGCCUUUCUUCCUUCAAGCAUUCAUAAAAUACUUUACCAAUUUUGUUGUUGCCAGGGAAUCUCAAACAGAAACUCCUCCAUUGAUUACAGGUUUCGUUUUAUCCUUUUUCAUUUACGGUGCUUCAGUUGUUCGUUACUUCUCAUUUAACCAACUAUUCAUGUCGUUCUUUCGUAUCAGUUUCGGUGUCCAGUCCGCUCUUACAACCAUGUCCUACGACAAAGCAUUGAAGUUGUCUCCAGAUGCUCGGAGAGAAAAAAAUACCGGUGAGAUUGUUAACCAUGUGGCCGUUGAUGUCGGAGUCAUUGCCAGAUGUCUCGAAGUUGUCACCGACGCUGUGGUGAUUCCAUUUAGGUUGGCUUUGUGCUUGGGAGCUUUAUACAAGCUUUUGGGAAAUUCAACCUGGGCAGGUCUCGCUGUUGCUCUUGUCAUGGUGCCACUUUCUUCGAUGGUAAGUGUUGCUAUUUUUGCAUUGUUCAAGAUCCAAAUGGAAUGCAAAGAUGAGAGAACCAGACUCACCUCAGAAAUUCUCAACUCCAUCAAGUCCAUUAAGUUGUACUCCUGGGAGAAACCAAUGUUGAAGCGUUUAGACGAAGUCAGAAACAACAAAGAAUUGAAGAAUGCUAAACAGACAGGUAUUUGGAAUGCUGGUGCAACCUUUGUUUGGGAGUGCAUUCCUUUCUUGAUUUCUUGUGGUGUUUAUGGAGUAUUCGGCUUCUUCAGUAAGUCACCACUUACCCCUGCUAUCAUAUUCCCAGCUCUUUCCUUGUUUGAUCAACUUUCAGAUCCUAUCAUGAUGAUCCCUGGUAUUUUCUCCCUGAUUGCAGAGGCCAAGGUUUCUUUGGACAGAUUGCAAGAAUAUUUCAGCAUGGAUGAGAUGGAAGAAGGAAUAAUCACCCGUAUUCUGAAACCUCUCAAGAAGGGCGAAGAAAGUGUACGCAUAUCCAACUCAUCCUUUGUUUGGUCUCAAAAGGACGCUGAAAAAGCCGAAGAUGCGCGGACCUAUGCUUUGAAGAACAUAAACUUCAAGGCCAGAAAGGGAGAAUUAACAUGCAUCGUUGGUAGAGUGGGAUCCGGAAAGACAACACUUCUUAAAUCAGUUGUCGGCGAGAUUCCUGUGGUACACAAUGAUGAUGCAAGUAUCACUGUCAAUGGCAAUAUUGCUUAUUGUGCUCAGAAUGCUUGGAUUUUGAACUCCUCCGUCAGGGAGAAUAUCAUCUUCGGCAAACGAUUCGACAGAGAAUUUUACGAUAAGACGGUCGAAGCAUGUCAAUUGAAGCAUGACUUUGAGGUCUUGCCUCAUGGAGAUGCCACACUUGUUGGUGAGAAGGGAAUUUCGCUCUCAGGUGGCCAAAAAGCUCGUUUGUCGUUGGCUAGGGCUGUUUACUCAAGAGCCGACAUCUACUUGUUGGACGACGUUUUGUCCGCAGUUGAUGCUCAUGUUGGUAAAAGAAUAACGGAAGCCGUUCUUUCGUCGAGCGGCAUGUUAGCCUCAAAAACAAUUAUCCUUGCCACCAACUCCGUGAAGAUUUUGAAACAGGCUCAAGAGAUCUACAACCUCAGCAAAGGUGAAAUUACUGAGGUUGGCUCUUAUGAAUCAUUGAUCGAGAAGCAGUCGGAUGUUGCCAAGCUUAUCGCUGAAUUCUCUGAUCACCAUGAUGCACUGGCAGAGGACACUGCUCGCGAGACGUCGAGUGAAUCAGAAGUAGAGGAGCUUCCGCAGCCAUAUGAGCCGACAGCCUUAAGAGAGGCUGAAGAUUUUGGUGAAGAUGCUCCCGUGCCAUUGGUGAGAGUUUCAAGUCAACAAACCAUUGGAAGGGCCUCUGUGGUUUCUUUCGACCAUAAGUAUCAGUUUGAAGAGGAAUUCGGUAAGUCACAAAAGGAGGAUGAAAACAACGAAAGAACCACCAAGGGUAAAGUGAAGCUUGAUAUACCCAUCAUUAUCGCUUGGUCUUUCUUAUCAGUGGUUAUUGCUGCAACAGAGAUUUACGGAAGAGUGAUCUUGAAGGAAUGGUCCGAGAAAAACUAUAAGGAGGGGCACAAUGUGAAGCCAGCUCUUUACUUGACUCUUUAUGCAUUGACAGGUGUUUUGGGUGGUAUCAUUAACUUUGCCAACAGUUACAUCAUUUGGACUUUCAGUGCAAUUCAUUGCUCCAAAUACUUUCAUGAUCGCAUGGCCAACAGUGUCUUGAGAGCUCCGAUGUCUUUCUUCGAUACUACUCCAAUGGGCAGAAUCUUGAAUCGUUUCUCGGAUGACAUCUCCGUCCUUGACAACCAAAUGCUUUGGAUUUCUAUCACGCUUUUCAACAGUAUCAUGGAAACGUUGAUUAGAGUGGGAAUUGUGGUCUACAACUUGCCUAUCAUGAUCAUUAUCAUCCCUAUUCUUAUGGUCAUCUUCAUCCAGUUCAGGAACUGGUACAUUCCAACAUCUAGAGAACUUAAGAGGCUCCGUUCCUCCUUGAGAUCUCCAGUCUUCUCUCAUUUGCAAGAAUCUAUAAACGGCGCGGAAACUUUGAGAGCUUACAACGAGAACGAUAGAUUCAUCCAUGCCAACAAGAAGAAGGUCGACAAUGUUAUCAAAGUGGACUUUGUCUCGCAGAAUGUGAAUCGUUGGUUGUCCAUGAGACUUCAGUCAAUCGCAGCUUUGGUUGUGUUGGCAGCUAGUUUGCUGACACUUCUGUCCUUGGUGUCUAAGAAACCAUUUUCCCCAGGUAUGAUUGGUUUCCUCAUGACCUAUGUCUUCUCUUCCACAAUGUUCCUUAACGCCAUCAUCAGAACUUGGUCAGAAGUCGAAAUCAGGUUGGUCUCAAUUGAGCGACUUAUCGAGUACGGAAACUUGCCCUCUGAGGGCCCUGAAGUUAUUGAGGACAAGAGACCAGAGGAAAGUUGGCCUAGUAACGGUAUUGUCAGAUUCAAUGACUACAGCACGAGCUACAGACCAGGCCUCCCUCCAGUUUUGAAGAAUAUCAAUCUUGAAAUUAGACCAUCCGAGAAAAUUGGAAUUGUUGGUCGUACUGGAGCUGGUAAAAGUUCCUUGACAUUGGCAUUGUUCAGGAUUAUUGAGGCUAAUGAAGGUAAUAUUGAGAUCGAUAACCUCAACACCAGCCUUAUUGGUCUCCAUGAUUUGAGGAGUCAGCUCAAUAUUAUUCCCCAAGAUGCCCACGCCUUUGAAGGUACUGUCAGACAAAACUUAGACCCGUUCGACCAGUAUACAGACGAAGAACUUUGGAAGGUGCUCGACUUGGCACACUUGAAGGCUCACGUUGAAUCUAUGAAGACUGAGCCAAAGGAGAAUGAUAAGAAGGACAAGAAAGGAUGUGCAAAUGAAGAGCCCGAAGAACCACAGGUGGGUCUCAAAGCCAGUGUGUUAGAAGGAGGUUCUAACCUUUCCUCUGGUCAAAAGCAGUUGUUGUGUCUUGCAAGAGCACUUUUGAAAACAUCGAAAGUGUUGGUUCUUGACGAGGCAACAGCGGCUGUGGACGUGCAAACUGACAAGAUCAUCCAGGAAACCAUCAGAUCUGAAUUCAAGGACAAGACAAUUUUCACCAUUGCUCACAGGUUGGACACCAUCAUGGACAGUGACAGAAUUCUUGUUCUAGACAAGGGCCAGAUCAAGGAGUUCGACACACCCAAGAACCUUCUUCAAGACGAGACAAGUGAGUUUUAUUCUUUGUGCAAAGAGGGCGGUUAUCUUCUGAAGAUCUCCGAAAUUCAAUCUAGUUAG